AUGCCUGACUGGAAUUGGAAAGACCUUUUCACCAAUCGAGACCGGCGCGGAUUCCCCGAAGUUGUUGUACCUCUUUCCCGUGGCUCUGUCGCUGAAAGCAAAGAUGGGUCGAGCACCAGCCUCGACAUGGCCUCUAACCAAGAAAAGGGUGCUAGCGGGCCUCUGCCCGAUGGUGUGCUGACUUUGGAAGCUCUCCGAGCAGAAAUUGAAGCUGAUAUGGUUGCUUCCGGCCACGACACCGUUUAUGACCGCAAAGCAAAGGUCAUCAACCGAGCGGUACAGGAUAUUGGUAUGGGUCGCUACCAGUGGGGACUGUUCGUCCUCUGUGGAAUGGGCUGGGUAGCUGAUAACCUUUGGUUGCAGGGUGUUUCACUCACUUUGACUCCCAUUGCCAACGAGUUUGGUAUCUCUGAAGCCCACUCUCGGUUCGCUACCUGUUCACUCUUUGUUGGUUUGAUUAUUGGUGCUUCUUUCUGGGGUAUUGCUUCCGAUGCUAUUGGACGGCGCCCAGCUUUCAACAUGACGCUCUGCAUCUGUGGUUCAUUUGGUCUCGCCGCAGGCGGUGCGCCUAACUGGAUUGGAUUGUGUGCACUGUAUGCUUGCUUGGGUCUGGGCGUGGGUGGAAAUCUCCCCGUCGAUGCGGCCGUCUUCCUCGAGUGUCUCCCUCCCAAUUCUGGAAAUAUCCUAAGUGGUUUGGCGACCUGGUGGUCUGUGGGUACCCUAAUUGCCAGUAUGCUUGCCUGGGCCUUCAUCCCUAAUUUCUCCUGUGAAGAUGCUGCCCAUUGCACCAAGGCCAACAACUGGGGCUGGCGCUAUCUCGUCUUGACACUGGGUGCCAUCACUUUCAUGAUGUUCCUUUGCCGUUUCUUCUUCUUCACCCUAUAUGAAUCACCAAAGUUCCUUGUAUCCCGCGGACGACAGGAAGAGGCUGUGGCUGCUGUUCAAGGAAUUGCCUACAAGAACAAGACCACCACUUGGCUCACAGAGGAGAUCCUCAAUGAGAUUGGUGGAUAUCCAGAGGAAAACAACAAAGAAGGUCUUUCUCAUGGCGAGAUUAUCAAACGAUCUUUCGAAAGGUUCUCCUACCAGCAGAUUGCACCUCUUUUCAAAACCAAGCGGCUUGCUAUAUCGACCAUUUUGAUUUGGUUCUGCUGGGCUUGCAUUGGAUUGGGCUAUACGCUCUUCAAUGCAUUCCUUCCCCAAUACCUGAGUGCUAAUGCCAGCACGUAUGAAACCUACCGAAACUAUGCCAUCACUGCUGUCUGCGGAAUUCCGGGACCGCUUCUUGGCUGGUUUACUGUCGACAUUAAACACUUUGGACGUAAGGGUACCAUGGCAGCCUCGACCGUGAUUACAGGUGUCUUGCUCUUCUGUUUCACAGCCUCGAAGGAUGCAAACGUUCAGCUAGUGUGCUCUUCUUUGGAGUCAUUCUUCCAGAUGAUCAUGUACGGCGUUCUUUACGCUUACACGCCCGAAGUCUUCCCUGCACCCAACCGAGGUACUGGAUCAGGUAUCGCUAGCUGCCUCAACCGAAUUGCUGGUCUGAUGGCGCCGAUUAUUGGCAUCUAUGCUAGUACUAAUGCCGUUGUGCCUAUCUAUGCGGCGGGUGGACUGAUUUUGGCGGCCUUCCUCGCUAUGUGUUUCUUGCCCAUUGAAACUCAGGGAAGGCAGACGAUGUAA